AGACAAACGCAUCACUUUAUGUGUCAUAUGUCAAAACUUUGAUUUGACAUUCGUUUUCAUUUGAGUAAUCAACAGCUGACACCCCCAAAAUGUUUCUGUGAAUGAGAAAAACUUGUAUCUUCUUUGAAAGUUCAUGCUACUUCGGCUUAUUUGGCGUAGCUGCUUGUGACAGUUAUCGGUUGGUUUAUUUGGGAAAAAAUUUAAUAUACAUGUUGGAGUUAGACGAUAUUUACUUUGAUUCAAAUAGUAGAGAUACAGCUUAACAAGAUGAUGCCUGUAAAGGAUAACCAGGAUGUUGCGUGUUUCUUUUGUACCAAACAUACAACAUGGAAGGGAAAAUACAAAAGAAUAUUUUCUGUCGGUACACAAGGUAUUACUACCUAUAAUCCCAAUUUAGAAAUUACAAAUAGAUGGGCUUACAAUGAUUUUAUCGCUAUCACUCCCCUAAAAACUGGAAAUCAAUGUGAAUUUCAGAUAACUAUGAAGAAAGAUCGAAAAAUUGAUAAGAUGACAUUUUCAUCUGAACACAGAACAUUCAUUUUAACAGAGGCUCUCAAAUAUAGAAAUUAUUUUUCAGAGAAACCCAAAGAAGUGCUGAGGUAUCAAGCAUACAAACAUCACUGGUCAGAUAUAAGACUUCCAGUUAUAUUAGAAGUUACAGCAUAUUCUUUGGAUCAACUAGAUCCCACUAGUAAUACUGUUCUUGCCAGUUACAAUUUUAAGGAUUUUGAAGGGAUAUGUACAGUUUCUGAUUAUCCAGGAGGAUUUGUGGUAGUAUGUGGAGGAUUUGGCAGGUUGCAUUUAUUUCAAGCAGCAGAGUAUGAAGAUAUUAAAGUGAAAAUCCUGGAAUCGGCAACAACUAAUUUGGGAAUAAAUAUUAAAAUUUUGAGUAUGCCCAUAACAGUAGAAGAUUUUCAGAAUCAGCGGUUCGGAAAAUUUAGUGAUGAUGAAUGUAUUACUGCUGUAUCAGAAUUCUCAGUAUAUAAAAUACAAAAAUCAAGACACACUGAUCCCGUUCGAAGAACCUUAUGUCUUUCUGAAGCAUGCAUAUUGGAAAGAGAUCCGCAGACUUACAGUAUUUGUACCCUACAACCAUUGAAUAAUAUUUUUGCAUUGAUUCGAGACAAUGCUAAUCCGCAAUUAUUUACCAUUGAGUAUUUGAAUGGACAAUCUAGGAAAUACACUACUACCGACAGAGAUUCUUUAUUAGCUUCCUUGUUAGAUGGGGUACGAGCUGCAGGAAAUAAAGAUGUGCAUGUAACUAUGGUUCCAACAGAUAGAGGUCUAAGAUUAGGCCCUUUAAGUAUCCCAGUGGAUGAAGAGGCGGAAAGUUUACACUUGAAACUACUUAUGAACCCGCCUCCUACUAAAUCUUUUUCUCAAUGUUUGAAGAGGUUUAACACUAACAUUCCAUAUAGUGGUCUUCUGUAUAGUGUAACGCAAGAAGGUAUUUUUUCUGAAAACAAAGAGAAACUUAUCACGGGCGUACUCCAGUCUUUGGUUUCUAAAGAAGGCGACCCAAAGGUUAUAAGUUUAGUGGAACUAGAAGCUCAAUUCCAAGGAUUAAGACGAUUAGUAGCUAGUAAAGUGGGUUAUGCUGCUUUCACAAAAUCACCGGGUUUCAGAGAAGCCGUAGGCCAGAAAGUAAUAGCAGCUUUAAAACGAAAUGAUUUUGCUGUAACGCAAGCUGCCAUUGAUGUUAUAUGUGCCCUUAUGCAUCCCAUGCACGAUGAUUAUGAUCUUAGACAGGAACAACUCAACAAAUCAUCAUUAUUGCAGUCCAAACCUUUUCUUGAAAGCCUCUUAAAUAUGUGGACUACUCAUAUUGCACAAGGUACCGGUGCUUUGAUAGUUUCAGCCAUGUUAGAUUUUUUAACAUUUGCAUUAUGUGUCCCAUAUAGUGAAACAACUGAUGGAAAACAUUUCGACAUUCUAUUAGAAAUGGUUUCUGAUAGGGGUCGAAUGUUAUUUCGUUUAUUUCAACAUCCCUCGAUGGCUAUAGUAAAGGGCGCAGGUUUAGUGAUGCGGGCAAUAAUAGAAGAAGGAGAAUCAGAAGUGGCAGAAAAAAUGCAAAAUUUAGCUUUAGCUGAAGGCGCUUUACCGCGACAUCUUUUAGCCUCUCUCUACACCCAAGGCACUGAUGGCAGAUUACUGACUCAUAGACAGUUAUCAAGACAUUUAAUUGGUUUAUGGGUUACAGGCAAUCCUAUUGCCAUGGGGUUGUUAAAAAGGAUAAUGCCUCUUGGACUUAUUACUUUUUUGGAUUCAAAAGAUAGUAUUCCAAAAGAAGCUCUGGAACAAGAGAUGCUCAAUAAUCGAGAUAAUUUAAAGAUGGCUCAAGAUCACGCAAAUAAAAGUAAACGAAAUCCAAAUUGGGUAGCGGUAGAAAGGCAAUUAAAAUUAAUGGAAAAACGAGUAGAACAUUACACGAAUCUUGCGCUGCAACAUUGGGGUACAACUGUUGGCAUAACCUUAAAACGGGAAGAAAAAAUUAAGGAAAGACCAAUUGUAUUGAGGAGACGAAGAGAAAGAAAGAAAGCGGAAUCGAAUUGGCCGUUAUUUUAUUGGAAUUUUAAUCGAGAUCACGCUCUUCCUAACUUAAUUUGGAAUCAUAAGACCAGAGAAGAAUUGAGAAGUGCCUUAGAAGCUGAAGUUCGAAAUUUUGCUUCAGACAGAGAGCUAGCUGGACAUGCUCUUGUUGCUUGGAACCAUCAUGAAUUCGAAGUAAAUUAUGCCUGUCUUGCUGACGAAGUUAAAAUUGGUGAUUACUACUUAAGACUGCUCUUAGAAAUUAAUGAUGAUGAUUCUCCAAUUCGUAGAACGUACGAAUUUUUUAAUGAUUUAUAUCAUAGAUUUUUGUUAACGAAUAAAGUUGAAAUGAAAUGUUUAUGUCUUCAAGCAAUGUCAAUAGUUUAUGGUCGAUAUUUUGAAGAUAUUGGUCCGUUUAGUGAUACUAAAUAUAUCAUAGGAAUGCUAGAAAGGUGUAUUGACCGCCAGGAACGAGACAGGUUAGUAAUAUUUAUUGAAAAAUUAAUAUUACACCACAGAAAUGUCCGGGAUAUACUUGACGUAGGGGGAGUACAAAUAUUAGUUGAUCUAAUGUCAUUGGCUCACCUUCAUACCUCGAGAGCUAUGAUACCAACGCAAACGAACGUUAUUGAAGCUGGUCCUGGCAUGAAAAUCGUGGAAGAAAAGGAAUGGUAUUAUAAUAGUGAAAAGGGACGAGAAGGACCAGUGUCAUUUAGCGAGAUGAAAGAUUUGUAUGAAAAAGGUCAAAUUAAUCAUAAAACGCGGUGUUGGGCAAUGGGCAUAACAGGAUGGCGGCCUUUAUCUCAGCUACCUCAACUUAAAUGGUACCUUUUAGCAAAGGGUAGUCCUGUACUGAACGAAAGUGAACUGGCUACUUAUAUAUUAAAUAUAUUAAUAAGAGUGUGUCAGUAUUAUCCAAGCCGAGAUCCCGAUGAUGCAGUUAUAAGACCUCUGCCGAAAAUAAAAAGAUUACUUUCUGAUCAAACUGCUUUACCUAACGUCGUUCAAUUAUUGUUAACUUUUGAUCCAAUACUUGUGGAAAAAGUAGCAAGCCUUCUGUGCGAAGUUAUGAAAGAUAAUCCUGAUAUGUCAAAACUAUACACCACAGGAGUAUUUUAUUUCAUUAUGAUGUAUACAGGAAGUAAUGUCCUGCCAAUAGCUAGGUUUUUGAAAUUAACACAUAUGAAACAGGCAUUUAAAUCUGAAGAAGAAACUUCUCCAAUUUUACAAAAAAGUAUUUUGGGAAGGUUACUUCCUGAAGCCAUGAUUCAUUAUUUAGAAAAUUAUGAUGCAGAAAAAUUUGCCCAAAUAUAUCUUGGAGAAUUUGAUACUCCUGAAGCCAUAUGGAAUUCCGAAAUGAGACGAAUGCUGAUUGAAAAAGUAGCAGCCCACAUUGCAGAUUUUACUCCUAGAUUAAGAAGUCAUACCAUGGUGAGGUAUCAUUACAUACCGAUUCCUGCAGUUAGAUAUCCACAGUUAGAGCAUGAACUUUUCUGCAAUAUAUUUUACUUGAGACAUCUCUGUGAUAACCAUAAAUUUCCCGACUGGCCUAUACCGGAUCCUAUUCAAUUGUUAAAAGAUGUUUUGGAGUCCUGGAGAUCCGAAGUAGAGAAAAAACCUCCAUUAAUGACCAUAAAAGAUGCCUAUCAAAAUUUAGGCCUUGACGACAAUCAUCAUGAAGAAGCAACUGUGAGAAAAGCUUAUUAUAAAUUGGCUCAACAGUACCAUCCUGACAAAAACCCCGAAGGAAGAGAAAUGUUUGAAAAAGUCAAUCAAGCUUAUGAAUUUUUAUGUAGCCGCACAAGUUGGAGUGGAGAUGGACCUAAUCCUAACAAUAUAGUUUUAGUACUACAAACCCAAAGUAUACUAUUCCGAAGAUACUCGGAUGACUUGCAACCUUACAAGUAUGCUGGUUAUCCACAACUAAUAAAAACCAUUCAAAUAGAGACCGCUGAUGAACAAUUGUUUUCCAAAAAUGCCCCACUUCUUACUGCUGCUUGUGAAUUAGCAUAUCAUACUGUACAUUGUUCUGCAUUAAAUGCUGAAGAAUUGAGAAGAGAAAAUGGACUUGAAGUUAUGCUAGAAGCAUAUACUAGAUGUGUUAAUGUCCUUAACAAUUCCUCUAAAUCUGACGAGGUUCCAGUUCAAGUUUGUAUCCAUAUAACAAGAUGUUUUACAGUGGCUGCAUUGUUUCCUGCUUGUAGGGAACGUAUUGUUGAUUUGAAACAGUUGGUCAAAGAUUUGUGUAGAAUUCUCUACUUUAAACACUUGACUAAACUCUGUUUAGUGGCAACGGAAUGUGUAACUGCACUGUCUAUGGAUUCAAUUUUACAAAUGGAACUUCUAAAAUCUGGAGCUCUAUGGUACCUUCUUCUUUACAUGUUCAAUUACGAUUUCACUUUAGAUGAAGGUGGAGUUGAGAAAAGUGAAGAUGCUAAUAAACAAGAAGUCAGUAAUAUGCUUGCCAAAAAAGCCGUCAAAGCUUGUGCAGCUUUGGGAGGCUAUAUACAGGGUGAAGAUAAACCACCUCCAAACACUCUAACUAGAGAUAUGCUUAGAGAACUGUUGACUGGAUACGUCAGUGAACAACUUGGUGAUGAAAAACCUGAAGAGAUAUUGAAAAUAUUAAAUAGUAACAGUGAGACUCCUUACUUGUUGUGGGAUAAUGGUACUAGAGCAGAACUAAUAGACUUUUUGGAAACUCAAAGUAGUAGUAGAAAUGAAAUAGACUUUAAUAUAACGAAUGAAUUCAAGUAUUCUGCCCAUGUCGGGGAACACAAAAUUGGUGGUAUAUUUAUUAAAGUAUACAAUCAACAACCUACCUAUCCUAUUAAGGAUCCGAAGAGUUUUGUGGUAGAGCUCAUUAACUACCUAAAAGAACAAUCAUGCGACCUCCUUAAUUUAGUGAAUAUCGCCUUUUCGGUUACCAUAGAAGAUAGGUUAACAAAAUCUGUGAUGACUCUUGAAGCUUUAACAAAUGUGAUAAGGAAUAAUAGUGGUGUAGAGAUGCAGUGUAUUGGUCAUUUUAGGUUACUUUUUAGUUUACUUAACGUCAACUAUAUACCCAUUCAGAAGGGAGCCCUCAACGUCAUUUCUUUGGUAACGAGAAAUAAUGAAUGUAUUGGUGAUAUAGCAGCAAGUGAAGUACUGGGUUAUCUUUUGUUGGUAUUGUACACUUUACAAGAUUCGCAGCCUCAGACACUGCAGACAUUAUAUCAAUUGAUGACGACUACAAAAAUUGUCAAGGAAGCUUUAAAUAAGGGGGCGGUUAUUUACCUCUUGGAUCUCUAUUGUAAUUCAACAAAUCCUAAUAUAAGACAAACGUGUGCGGAAUUAUUAGCCAGAAUGAAUUUGGACAAAUUAAUUGGACCCAAAGUAAGAUUGGCAUUAGGAGCAUUUUUACCGCCAAUAUUCGCUGAUGCUAUGCGUGAUAGUCCUGAAGCUUCAGUAAAUAUGUUCGAAAGUGCCCAUGAACACCCGGAGCUUAUAUGGGAUCAAGAUGCCAAGGACAAUGUUUGUAAAAUUGUGGCUAGAUUUAGGCGAGAACAUCAGACUGAACAGAGUUCAAAUCCCUCCAGUUUCUGGAAAAUGCCAGACACAAACGGCCUAACUAACUUAGCUACGCCUAAUGAAAUUAUGGUAGGAGGUGUAUACCUCAGAAUAUUUAUAGCAAAUCCUUCUUGGAAUUUGCGGAAACCUAAAGAAUUCCUUACCGAACUACUAGAAACAUGCCUUAAUUUAAUGAGUAAAGAAAAACCUAACGUAGAAUUAUUAGAACUAUGUACAACUGCCUUGUGCUCUCUAUUGCAAGCUCAGCCAGCUCUUCUGGAUACAAUACCAUCUAUGGGUCACAUUCCUAGGUUAUGCAGACAAAUGGGAUCAAAUACUAAGCAAAUAGCAGUGCCGAAAUCGGCCAUUUGUAUACUUAAUUCUUUAUCCAUGAGUACUAUAUGUGUAAGUGCAAUAGCUCAGUCAGAUUGUAUGCAUCCCCUAAAACAAGCCAUGCAAGUCCGAAAAGACAUGGUUGCGGUAGCCUGUGAAGCUCUUAGUAGGCUGUUUUCUAGUAACCAAGAUCAAUUAAUAAAACAGGCUCUCGACGUGGAGUUUGUUCAGUUCUUACUGACGCUUCUCGAAGCGCGAUUAGAACUCAUAGAUAAUCCAGCCAUGACAAAAGCGCAAAUAGUAAAGGCCUUAAAAUCGAUGACUAGAAGUCUGAUGUACGGUGAGAAAGUGAACUCAAUACUAGAGCAGAGCAGAGUUUGGUCAGAAUAUAAAGACCAAAAACAUGAUUUGUUUAUUUCAAAUACCAAUAUUUCUGGAUAUCUAACAGCUGGUACGCCUGCAGCUGCAGGUUACUUGACCCAAGGACCUAGUGCCAAAGUAAACUCGGCACCUCCACCUGUAGAUAGAGACGAUCCAACAAUAAGAAGCGAUGGUCUUUGACUUCUUAUUGGAGAAUCUUGUGAUUAUGGUUGAAACGAAAAAACCAAGUGAUAACGGAUGGACACAUUCCCGAGCAAUAGAAGACAUUUAACAAAAAAGACUACUUUUCAUUUAAAAUAUUAUUUAUUAAUGGAAUCAGAGUAGAGGUAUUACUAAAACAAAUUGCUCGACUGUAUAAAGUAUGUAUAAAAAUGUAUAAUACAAUAAAUUAGGUAUAAAAAUGAUUUGUAUCUGCUAAAUAUUAUUUAUACUGUUUCUUUUAAAAGUAUAUAUUUUCUAUUUAAAAUAUGUAGAAUACUAAAGAGCUACUUCUGUUUGUAACUCUUUAGUUUAAGAGUUUAUUUGUAAAAAUAUAUAGUUUUAAAACUUAUUUUAAAAGUAGUUUACCUUACAGAUAUUCCUAUAGAUUAAAAUGUUAUUUAUACAGCUAAUAUAAAAUAACUGCCAAUAACAAAAGUUACUUCCUUAAUAAAGAAAAAAUAUUUUUCAAAAAAUGUAUUUUAGUGUCAAAAUCUUUUUACAAAAACCAUUCUAAUGCAAGAAAGUUGAUUUUAGUCAUAUGUAGUUUAAAAUAUACAUAUAAAUACUUAUAUAAUCAACUCUUUACAAUAUCUGUUUAUCAAAAUUACGUUGUUCGCUUAAAACAAUACAAUCAUGUCAAAUAUUAAAAGCACAGCUUAUUCAAUACCAGCUACUUAUCUCGUCAUUAAAUGAAUAGUUCGCACACUGCCUGCCGCGCAGGUUUCUUAGCAGGCAGAGAUUCGGUCUUGUUGCAGAAGCGUAUUCAGUAAAUUUAGAAAGGUUAAAUUUAAAAAAAUAAUUAUGUUAGAACUGUAACUACAGUAAUAAGAAAGGAUGAAUAUCGUUAUAUAUUUUAGGUCCAAAAUAGUAUGAAAAAAUAAUUGUCAAAAAUAUUUGGUUUGCCUGUAGUUGACCGUAGAUGGAAUAUAAUGGUGGAUUUUAUUUGUUGCACCUAGUGUCACACUCGACACUGUAUUUGAACUGUCAUACUUGUCAAAAGUAUAUGCUACACGUGUGAUACUGUCAAAUAUUUGAAGCUGCACUGAACAAAUCAAAUGCGAUUAGUGCAGAAAACUUACAUUUAGUGCAACAAAUAAAAUCCACUAUAAGACACUGCGCACGAGCACACUUCGAAACUAUUCACACCGACCAAUCACAGUUGAGUACGUCAUAUGUCGGAGUGUUGUUCAUACAAAUUUAAUUCAAAUCUAUCUUCAACCAGAUUUAAGUGAUUCAAAUUGGGGAAAUUAUCGUUAAAAAUGCCAAAGUGUGUUGUAAAAAAGCUGUAUUUAGUAUAAAAGUGCAAAGUAUGACGCUGAUAUAGGAAAUUUAAUUUGUAGUUUCUAUUGACGGCCAUAUUUGUUUAUUUGAAAAUAAAAGAACCGGACUUGGUCAUUGGUAGAUACAUGUUACAAGUAAUGUGGAAACUUGGAUAAAUUAUGUUUUUAUUGUAACCUGUAUUUCUUGUUUUAUUAUUAUUAUUACCAAAAUGUAAAAAAAAAAUAAAAAAAAUGUCAUUAUUUCACUUAAGCAAAGAUAUUCUAUUUGGAUUCUUAUUUUUUUUUUUUUUUGAAAUAAAAACUUAUGAAGAAUAACAUUUUUUCAAAAGGUGAAAAUAAAUUAA